UGGAACAUGUUACUUUCGCGAAGGAUUCCGAUCUUCUUGCUAGUCAGAUUCAAGUUUUCCGUGAUAUGAGCGAAAAGCCAAUUGGACUUUUGCUACAGAAACAUCUAUUUGAAUGGUUCUUAGACGUUUUCAAGGCUAUCAUGAGUGACUGUAAAUAUUUGCCAAAAUUGGCCACUCCACCGAUACGAUUUGAAGAUCCUAUAUAUGGUACUACUGAUUUAAAGUAUAUAGACUUCGUGAUACCAUCAUUUCUAUUAGUAACAGCCUUCACUUUGGGCACUAUAGUCUCUUCCUUGUUGAUAAUCACAGAUCGAGAGGAGGGUGUCUGGAAUCGAAGCUUAGUCCAAGGGAUAAAAGUAGAAGAAAUUCUGCUGUCUCACAUUGUGGUUGAAAGCAUCAUCACAAUUAUGCAUACCAUUACGGCAAUACUCAUAGUCUUCCCUAUAUGGGGUUUGGAAUAUAAAGGAUCAAUAUUCGUUAUAACCCUCCUUCUCUUUCUCUCCGAGUUUUGUGGAAUGAUGUGUGGUUUUGUUAUAUCUACCUUUUGCACAACUAUUAUGUCGUCCACAUUAUUGUCAAGCGGAAGUUUGGUAACGACGUUUAUAAUGACUGGUGAGACUUUACUCUAUCUGUUUCUCGGAAAUGGCCUCUUACUUUAAUUAGUUAUUAAAUUAAUUCUAAAUUUAGUUUUUUAUUACGUAAUGAUAUAUGAACAGGGUAAAUGUGCAUAAAAAGACC